AUGACUCAUAUUAAUACUCGCCUUCUUGAUGCUAAUGAAGAACAUCUGAAUACACUUACUCCUCUACGUGGUUAUGCAACGAAACGUCUUGUUUCAAUAAAAGAAGCUGUUGUGGGAUUACGUGAGUUGGUUGAUGAUGUAGACGUUCGUGUCUGGACAGCAACAAAUAGAUGUAAAAAUCCUGCGGACACACUUUCUCAGGAUGAAUCAGCUGCCAUUCUUUUGUACACAAUCGAGUGGGACCCCGAUCAUCCUAGUCUGUAUUCAGUCCUAAAUCGAACACUUCGUCUUGAAGAUCGAGGAAAACUUGUUCCUUGGUUCUCUUAUUUAAAGCUUUUCUUAACCGCUCUGUUCAAGUUACCAUCAAUCAGUUGUACAGUCUGGCGAGCUGUACAUGGUGACUUACGCUCACGUUACAAACAGGGUGAUAAUGUUACAUGGUGGGCAUUUAGCUCAUGCACGACUACUAUUAACGUUCUGGAAAGUAGUCAAUACUUGGGUACAUCAGGCCCAUGCACAUUAUUCGCAAUUGACUGCUUAAAUGGAAAAGAUAUUAAACGUCAUUCAUAUUAUGCACAGGAAGAAGAGAUAUUACUUCUUCCAUGCACGCAUUUCCAAGUCAUUAGUCACUUGAGCAGUAUGGAAAAUUUAUAUAUUAUUCAUUUACGUGAAGUGCUACCACCAUUUAUGCUUCUUGAACCGCCCAAUCCUAUAUCAGCAAGUUCUGGCUCUGAGAAAUCCAGUAAUGAACAAUUACAAUCAAAAUUGGAACUAGUAAAUAACGAAAACGAGCGCCUGAAGGUACGAUGCAAUCAACAACAGGCUCAGAUCGAUAAGCUCGAGGUUGAAAACCAAGUUCUCAAUACAAACUGUGCUGACUACGAAGAGGAGAUUCAUCGUCUCAAACAAGACAAUCGUCGUCUACAACAAGAAGCUCAGCAGUAUAAGCAAGAUAAUGUUCGUCUAAACAAUGAAAUUCCAAAGUACAAAGAAGAAAUCCAACGUGUAGAACAGGAUAAUCGCCGUCUAAAACAAUACGUCCAACAGUAUGAUCAAGAGAUACAACGUUUAAACGAUGAAAUUCAACUUUUAAAACAAGAGAUCGAACGUUUGAGACGUCCAUCAGCUGCAUCAAGCGAGCCUCCAGGAACUUCUUUGGCUGCAUUAAGUGAGCCUCCAGGAACUUCAUUGGCUGCAUUAAGCGAGCCUUCAGGACCUUUAUUGGCUGCAUCAAGUGAGCGUACAAAAACUUCUUUGGUUGCAUCUACAAGGACGACUAGUGAGUGA